AGAGUUGAGUGUGUGAAAAAUGGCAGCUGACUUUGUCGAUGAUUUUCCUAUUUGGGGGCUAUUACCAAAGAGAGAAACUGGCGUUUCAGCGUUUCUCAGUAAAUACCCAGAAUAUGAUGGACGAGGUGUUAUAAUUGCUAUUCUUGACUCUGGAAUCGACCCAGGUGCACCUGGUUUACAGAAAACAAGCCAUGGAGAAGCAAAAAUCAUUGAUAUGGUAGAUGCCAGUGGAGCUGGAGAUGUGAAAACUUCAACUAUUGUAGAGGCUAAGGAUGGAGAAAUUGAUGGUAUUACUGGUAGAAAGUUAAAAAUUCCAGAUUCAUGGCACAAUCCAAGUGGAAAAUAUCACAUUGGAGUAAAAAAUGGCUAUGAACUGUAUCCAAAAGUUCUAAAGGAAAGAAUUCAGAGUGACUGGAAAGAAAAUUCAUGGGAUCCCAAUCAUAAACUCAUUCAAGCAGAAGCAAUAAGAUGUUUACAGGAGUUUGAUAAUAAACACCCAGAUUCUUCUCAGCUUACAGCAGAGGAACGUCUUGAGAGAGAGGAGUUAGAUGCAAGGGUUGAAGUGCUUACAACUUUAGAGAAAAAAUACAAGAAUGAUGGACCUGUAUAUGAUUGUGUAGUGUUUCACGAUGGUGACAUGUGGAGGGCUGCCAUAGAUACUUCAGAAGUUGGUGAUUUAGAAUCAUGUGCUUUGUUAGGAACAUACAGAGAAACAUUACAGUUUGCCACUUUAACACAGAAAGAUAUGCUCAAUUAUGCUGUAAAUAUCUAUGAUGAAGGUAAUCUUUUGGAAAUAGUGACAACUUCAAGCUCGCAUGGGACACAUGUUGCUAGUAUUUCUGCUGCCUACUUCCCUGACCAACCUGAUAAAAAUGGAAUAGCACCUGGUGCUCAACUUGUUAGUAUAUGUAUAGGAGACAAUAGACUGGGUACCAUGGAAACAGGAGCUGCUCUAGUCAGAGCUAUGGCCAAGGUGAUCCAGUUGAAGUGUGAUGUCAUUAAUAUGAGUUAUGGAGAACAUGGUCAUUGGUCAGGAGGCCGGGUGAUGGACAUGGUCCAUGAAGUUGUAAAUAAAUAUGGAGUUAUCAUGGUUUCAAGUGCUGGCAAUAAUGGUCCUUGUCUUUCAACAGUUGGUACACCUCCUACAAUGCAGUCUUUAUCUGUGAUUGGCGUUGGUGCAUACGUCUCUCCAGAUAUGGCAGCAGUUGAGUACUCAUUAUGUGAGAAAGUUUUAGGAAUGGGCUACACUUGGACAUCUCGUGGACCAACAUUAAAUGGUGACCUAGGAGUUUGUAUUUCUGCUCCAGGUGGAGCAAUAACUUCAGUACCUAAUUGGACUUUACGAGGAGCUCAACUAAUGAAUGGAACUUCUAUGAGCUCUCCACAUGUUUCUGGAGCUAUGGGUGUCCUACUUUCAGCUUGCAAGGCUAGAAACAUUCCGUAUUCUCCAUACAGCAUACGUAGAGCAGUAGAAAAUACAGCAUUGAAAGUGGACUCAUGGGAUGCCUUCAGUAUGGGGUAUGGGCUUUUGCAGGUGGAAAAGGCUUUUGACCACAUUGUUGAUAAUGCUGGGAAUAUUGAGAGAGACAUUCGAUUUCACGUAGAAUGUAAUAAUAAAUAUGGAGGAAUAUAUUUGCGAAAUUCACAUGACUUCAGAACUCCAAAGGUUAUUCAGAUUACUGUAGAACCAUUUUUCUUAGAUGACCAAAAUGCAGAUCCACACCAGAAAAUCAGUUUUCAGAUGAACCUUCGAAUUGUAUGUGAUUGUACCUGGCUGAUGGCACCAACUCAUUUAUCAAUGGCAUAUAGUGCACGCUCUUUCUCUGUUAAAGUUGAUGCUCGAGGAUUAUCACCUGGUGCUCAUUUUACAUUGGUGAGAGCGUAUGAUGUGCAAAAUCCUCAAAAAGGACCAGUGUUUUCAGUUCCUGUCACUGUUAUUAAACCCCAGAAGAUUACUGAGAACACUGAUUGGGAGCUAGCAGUUACUGGUGUAAUGAUGAAACCAGGUGCUAUAGUACGUGAAUUUAUUGAAAUACCGAGAGGAGCUACUUGGGCAGUUAUAAAGAUUAAAUCACAUAAUCAAGAGCGCAGCUCAACAUUUAUACUUCAUUCAAUACAACUUCAACCUCAGAUGUCCUGUACAGGACAGGAGUUCUUCAAACGAGUACAACUUGGGCCACAAGGAGAAAUGACACUUGCAUGUCCUGUAAAGGACAAUAGAACAUCAGAAUUUUGUAUAGCAAGAUGGUGGACAAAUUCACAUGAUAUUGUUAUAGAUUACAGCAUUGCUUUCCGUGGUCUUAAACCAAAUCAACCUAACAUUACUAUGAUAGGAGCUGAUGGUAUCCACCGUGUAGAAAUUGCUUCAUUGCUAAAACAAGAAGAAGCUUUACCUGUGGUAUGCUUAAAGCAUCAUGUUCAAGUUCUGAGGCCAACAGAGAAUAAGCUGGUGCCACUUGGAUGUCGAGAUAUUAUCCCAAAAGGCAGACAGAUAUACGGCUUACAAUUGAACUACACAUUCACCAUUAUGAAACAGUGUGAAGUUACACCAUCCUGUCCUCUACUGUGUGAUCUCCUGUAUGAAUCCGAAUAUGAGGGUCAACUGUGGAUGUUAUUUGACUCUAACAAACAGCUAAUCUAUACAGGAGAUGCCUACCCUUCAAAAUACUCAGUCAAACUUGAGAAGGGGGAUUACACAGUCAAGCUCCAAGUUCGUCAUGAACAGCGUUCUCUUUUAGAGAAGAUCACUGACAUGCCUUUAUUAGUCCAGUCAAAGCUACCAUCAUCUCUCUCAUUAGACAUUUAUGCUGACCACUCAGAAGCCUUGAUUGGGGGAAAGAAAUUUUGCACAGCAAUACUUAAGCCUGGUGCAGCAUGCCCAGUGUUUAUAACACCCCUACCAAGUGAAAAAUUAUCUAAAUGUUGGACUGCUGGCCAGUACCUAACAGGCACAAUAACAUAUGCUAAAGAUGAUCUCGGAAAGAAAAGUGACAUAUAUAGUUUCAAGUAUAUCAUUCCUGAAAUUCCAAAAAAAACAUCUCUGAACAAGGCACACACAGAAAAAGAAAAGACACCAGAAGAAAUGUUUACUGAGGCACUUAGAGAUCUGAAGAUAUCUUGGAUUUCAAAGCUGAAGGGCAAAUGUUCAGAUGAUUUGUAUGAGGACAUGAUCAGUAAAGAUCCUGGACAUGUUCCAUUACUUCAAGCUAGGCUACAGUAUUUAGAUGGUAAUAAGGCUGAAAGACAAAGUAACUUACAAGAAAUAAUAAAAGUAGGAGACAGUAUUCUCAGUCAAAUUGAUAUAACAGAAUUACUGGCAGCACUAGGAGCUAAAAAGGAUCCUCUUGGUAACAACAAUAAUAAUCACAAAAUGAGUCAAGAGAAGCAUAAACUAGUGAUUAUUGAUACUUUGGUCAAGAAGGGAAUGGCCUUGUGUGAUCUUAAGGAAGACAUAACUGAUCAGUGUGAGAGUAAAGGAGCUGGUCUAGAUACAGAAAAGACAUCUUCUAAAAGUUUAUCAACACAAGGAAUUGUAAACAGCACACAGCAAUCUGAUGGAAGUGGAGAAUCUGAAAAUGGAAAGAAAAGCUCGAUGGUUUGUUCUUCAUCCUCUGUAGUGAAAGAUAUAAACAAAAUCUACAUUGAACUUCAAAAAUUUGUGGAUGUCAGUGAUUCAAAAGCUGCACCCUUCACUGAGAAACAUGCACUAUUUCAUAAUCACUAUGGCAGAGCUAUUAAACUACUGCUGAAGCUACAGGAAGAGAAAGCUCUCCAAACAGUAGAGAAACGUUUGAUAGAGCUAUUUCAAAACCUUGGAUGGAAUCAUUGUUCCCAACUAUAUGAGAGAUCAUUCUUUGUGAGAUAUCCUCCAGACUACAGGCUCUUUUAGUUGAAUUUACCCCUUAGGCUAUUUACAGUGCUGUUUGGAAGUACCCACUGGAUAAUUUACCUUCUCUGGAUGCUUGCUCCUGUUAUCACUAUUUUUCAGUAUUACAAAAAAGAAUAGUUACUUAAUCUUGAUUGUCAGUUCUUGAAAAAGAAAUAGUGAUUUAUGUGCCAAGAGAUAUUAAAACUAUAAUUUGAAUUACAAGAAACACCUUUAUGUUUUUUUUAAUACAGUUGUUAAAAGUAAUAUAGUAAAAUGAGAACAUGAGUGUAUUAUUUGUUUUUAAUGUUUAAUUUUAUCCUUCUUUUAUGAUAUAAUUGCAGGCAAUUGAGACAUGCUUUGCUGGUGAAUAAUUUUAUUAGUUUAUGUUGUGAACUAAUUUUAAGUUCGGCAAAGCUUUUUAUAUGCUUCUAAUUGAAUGUGAGAAACAAAAAACUGUUGUUAUUGUAAAUGAUGUGCUUUAUAUUAACUGGCAGUUUCUUAAAGUUCCUGUUUUAUUUUGUUUGCUAAAAAAAUAAUCAAAAAAUUCUUGUAUCAAUCUAAAUGCAAAUAAUAUUUUUAUGUUUUUAAACAUUUAUUAAUUUUUAUCCUUAUUAGCUAAUUAUCUUAUGACGUACCUCUUUCAAAUUGAAUUUGCUAAGAUAUGAUAUUCAUUUCACCUUUGCCAUGAUGUUAUGCUAUUAACUUCACCUUGUUUUUUAAAAAUCUUUACUUGAUAAAUGUAAAAUGAGCAUUAUAGAUACUGCUCAUUUUGUGAUUGUUAACCUGAAAAUAUAAAAAUUUAUUGAUCCCUCACUGAAGCUAUUGAAGAGAAUUAAGAAAUUGAAUUAGAAAUUAUCAAUAUACAUGUCAGUCAACUGAUGUUAGUUUAAAUCAUUUUAUAUGAAAAAGUGCCAGCAAAGAAGUGGAGUUAAGAGUUUAGUUGCCAUUAGUUAGUGAAACUUACUACACCUAGCUGUGAAACUUUGAAAACAAAAAGAAAUUACUGGUUUAAUUCUAGAGCCUAAAGCUUUUCGCAUUGUGUUGUGAUUUGACAUGUGAUGGACAUUGUUCAUAAAAAUCAGUUAAAAAUAUAUGAAAAUAGAAAUUGACACUUGGUUUUAAUAAUCAAAUAUUAAAGAUGGAGGAUGUUACGGAAGUUCUGAAUGUAGAGUUUUUGACUAGAUAAUAUGCUCAGUUUCGAACCCAUUUUAAUAGAGAGUUGGGGACAGACUUGCAUGUUGCUCAUUGUACGUUUGUUUUGACAUAAAGCUUAUCUACUUUGGUCAGUACAUAGACACUUUUUUUUUCAUCAUGUGUCAAAGUGUAUCUUUCAUUUAUCAUUUUCCACAUUACACUAUAAACUAUACUCACUAAUACACUGGUGGGUGACACAUAGUGUAUAGUAAGCAUGCCACUCCUCACCAAAAAAAAAGACUAAGGUUGUUUCUGGAGGCACUUUCUGUAAUCUAUUGUCACUUAAAAUGGGUCCCUUGAUCCCUGGAUAAACUAGGUGAUGCCUCCACAGGGCCGGCGCUAUCAUUAGGCCAACUAGGCAGCUGCCUAGGAUGCAGACCUCAGAGGGGCGCACUACUGACUUUUAAGAUUGAUUAUUACUUAUUCUUGCAAUUUUAAAUGGAUUUAUCAGUUUCAAGUUUUGUGCUUUUUAUUUUUUCUACAAAACAUCUGUUCUUAAAAAUCGAAGUUGGCAAUUUUUUUGGGGGGGGGGUGCAAAUAGCUUGCCUCCACCUUCCGAUAAUCCUUGACCCACAAAGGCUAAUGUGUCAUUGGGUUUACACUUAAAUCCUUAGCAACAUUUAACACAAACUCAUAUGAAGAGUUACACUGAACUCAUAGUGAACUUCAAGAAAAACUUACUGAAGCUAUAGUUAAUCCUCAGAUAGCUAAGUAUGUGAAAUUUAUAUUCAACUUCAAUCUUCAGGCAGCUACAUGUGUGAAAUAUACAUAUAAUGGUGCUGUACCUUUCCAACUGAUAAUUGAGAGUAUAUUAAAGCUUUCUAUAGGAGGCCUCAACUGUUAGAGAUGGUUUACAAAAUUUAAAUUAAACCUUGCUGAAGUAGUACUAAAAUCUUAGACAAAGGUUUUCACGUCUACUUCAGAGAAGUUUUCUACAAUUCAAGGUAAAUUUUGUCACUUUAAAGUCAAAUCUUGCUAAAAUUGCACUUGACUUUUUGCCAGCAUGGUUUAGCAAAUUCAAAUUAAUUACUUCUGACAUUUUUCAGCUUCAGAUCGUCUCGUGUUAAAGCAGGACUCAGACGUUUUUUUUCGACGUAACUCUUAUUAUUGUUGUACUUGGUAUUUAAUGGUAGAUUUUUCAAUCCCACAGUAGACUUUUUUUUUUCAAACUGGACCUAGCUUUAGGUCUAAAAAGCUACCUUUAACCUUUGUCAAAUUGAAAUAGGAUUCUCUUGAAACUGCACUCAGCCUUUACCAGGUACUAAUUCAAAUAAUCAUCUGGUAUCAAAAACAUUAUUUAUGUUGAUGUUUUUUGUUACCACAGUGCAGGUAAGGGAUAAUUAACAUACUUUUGUUACAUAUUAUUGUUCAUACAUGAAACAAUAUUUAAUAAAAAAAAGUUUUUUGUUGUUUGUAUAUGUUACUAUUGUAUUAUUUUGCUCAUAUUUUGAUUUUAGCUCAAUUUUUCAACAAUAUGGUUUUUUGAUUAUGAGUUAACAUUUAAUUUGCAGAAAUAUUCCAGUUUUGUGUUGCUCUUAUUUUUAAACGUUAUAAAAGAUAGACUGAAUAAUCAGCUUCAGUAAAUUUAAUAUCACUUUUUUAAUUAGUUUUUAAGAGUAGCUCAGAAAAUAGUUUUACCAUAAAUUUCAAAGAAGUUGGGAACUCCAUAAUUUUUUACGUCUGUACAAAAUUACUUUUAAUCAGUUCUGCUUAGAAAAACCAUUGUAAUGAAAUUGUGCUUGAAUUUUUAUUACAAAAAGAUGUAUGUAUAGAAAAAAAAAUUCUUUUUAUUUCUAAUUAAUAUAGUAAAUCUUAUUAGCUCAAUCUCAUUUUGUGUUCAGUGUUUUAAUUUUUUGAUAAAUUGUGAAAUAUUAAGCUCUUGCAAGAAGAUUUGUCUAAUAUAGCUAAUGUAAAUAAUAUCAGGAGCAUGACCAGGCAUUCAAUAAAUCUUAUAAAAACAUG